CGUAAGGUUAGCAGCCUCCACUAGAGGCUCUAACAGCUGUGACUUGAAGCUGGGAUUCUGCUGGGUCAGCUGACAACACAGAGUCAUUUCCAGGAAUAGAAACACAAACACCCGCCUGCUGCUUUCCACCAAGCUAUUUCUGCACCCAGGAAAGUGAAACUAAGCCUCUCCCCCUUUCCCUUCAGAGCUAUGGCUGCAUUGAAUCCUGUACAACACCUCCAGGAUGAACUGACCUGCUCCAUCUGCUGUGAAGUCUUCCAGCACCCAGUGAUUCUAGACUGUGGGCACAGCUUCUGCAGAGCCUGCAUCACCCAGUGCAGGGAGGAGGCCAAUGCACAUGUCUCCUGCCCUCAGUGCAGAAGCCCUUCUUCGCAGAACAAUUUCAGGCCCAACUGGCAGCUGGCGAAUGUUGUAGAAAAAGCCAAGCAGCUGAAUGAGCAGGUAGCCAAAGGAGCAGAAGGGGAGCAGGUAUGUGAGGAGCAUGGGGAGGCUUUGAAGCUGUUCUGUGAAGCAGACCAAAAGUUGCUGUGCAUGAUAUGCAGAGAGUCUCAGACUCACCGAGCGCAUGCUGUGGCUCCUAUCCAGGAGGCUGCGGAGCAGUACAAGGACCUGAUACACACUCAGCUGAGGAUUCUAAGGGGAGACAGGGAAAAGCUGGAAGAACAGAAAAUGAACAGAAGUCAGGAACACCAGGACUAUCAGGAGAAGUCUAAAACUGAACGGCAGAAAAUUGUCUCCGAAUUUGAGCGACUGCGCCAGCUCAUGAAGGAACAAGAGUGCCUCCUGCUGGCCCGGUUGGAUGAGCUGGACAGGAUGAUUAAGAAGAGUCAGAAGGAAACUGUCACCAAGCUGUCUCAGGAGAUUUCCCUUCUUGACAGCCUGAUCUUUGAGAUGGAGGGGAAGUGCCAGCAGCCCUCAAGUGAUUUCUUGCAGGACAUCAGAAGCACCUUGACUAGGUGUAUGAAAAGAAAGCUCCAGCAUGUGGUGGAGAUGUGCCCAGAGGGGGAAAAGAACCGUAGUGACAUCUCUGAACAAAAUCAAAAGCUAAAGAAGAUGCUAGGCAUUCCACCAUCUGACCUGGAGAAGGACAGGGGGGAACCUCAGGGAUCAUACAGCAAGGAAAAUGUGGCCAUGGAUCCAGACACAGCGCAUUGCCAACUUGUCCUGUCAGAGGAUCGGAAAAGUGUGAGAUGGGGAGACACGGAGCAGGAUCUGCCCAACAAUCCUGAGAGAUUUGCUCCGUGGUUCUGUGUGCUGGGCUGCGAGGGGUUCACCUCAGGGAGACACUGCUGGGAAGUGGUAGUGGAGGGGUCAGGAGCCUGGGCCGUGGGGGUCGCCAGAGAGUCUGUGAUGAGGAAGGGACGGCUCAUCCGUAACCCUGAGGCAGGGAUCUGGGCUAUGGAGCUGUUCUGUGGUCAGUACAAGGCUCUCACAUCCCCUCGUUUUACCCUCCUGUCCCUGCCCCAUGUCCCCAGGAAAGUUUGCAUCACUCUGGACUAUGAAGGGGGACUUGUCGCAUUUUCAGAUGCAGAUAACAAUGACCCAAUCUUCACUUUCCCCCCAGCCUCAUUCACUGGGGAGAGAAUCCAUCCUUGGUUCUGGGUGGGAGAAAGAUCCCUGCUUAUACUUUGUCCCUGAGACAUGGGAGAUGGAAUAGCCCAGAGAAAUGAUAACAUCCUCUGUGAGCUGCAAAGGAGCCUCUCUAUUCAGCUCCUGUUUUCCCACCUCUAUAACAAAAAUCUCAGAGGAUUUGCACUGUAAGAGCCACAGAGAGCAGCAUGUGCUUUGGAUAGAUAAAGCAGUGCUAUUGCAGUAGGCACCAUUACUUGUUCGUCCCUCUGCCUUACUGCUCUGGAGACUCCAGUCACAUUGUCUGUGCAGUGGGAAACCCCAAGCUGUAGAGCAAAAGACCACUUUAGUCCAGAGGUGAAUGCUCCUUGGCCUUCUUAAGCCAGGAAAGAAACUCCUGUUGGGGGCUGUGCAUGACAGAAACACUGAUUUUAAUGAAUGAGGACAUUGUGCCUGGGGAAAAGCUAGAAGCUCCACUCCUGUUGUGAGCAUUUUAUGCAAAUCUAUUUAAGUUGAUCUCCUUUGAGUCUUCCUGUGGACAUGUCUAUAUGAGACAUUUACUACGCAGUUAACUAAUUAACGGUGCAGUAAACAUCUCAGCAUCUAUUAGGUCACACAAAACUAAUAAACUCUGCAGCAAGGAGGGUUUUUUUAUGCACAGUAGCACUCGUGUAGAUGCUGCCUGCUGGCCCGUCCCACACUGAAGCACCUUCGUACCCCAGCCAGACCCUCUGCAGCAUGUUGAGCCCCGUCAGAGCAGCCCAAGGUUGACCCCCCAGAUCCCUGACCAGUCAGGGCUACUGUGAUCCAGCUCAAUGUGCUGUGGUCCAGGUGCACAUGGAAGUUGCACAACCAGGAGCCUCCCAGGAGUUUAUUGCUGUGCGUUAAUGGCUUAUGUAGAUGUGCCCUGUGUGAACUCCUGCAGCAGGGCCAAACUUGCCUUCCUGGCCUUAUCCAGACUAGCACAGCCAUGCAGCAUGUGGUGCAGCAGACACAUCUACUCUGUCCAAUACUGAUUUUUUUUUUUUUUUUUUGCUGCUGGAAUUCUAGUUCAGUGAUCCUAUUCCUUCAGUUUGGGCCAUCUAGGUUUAAGUUAAACUGGUGCCAUGGGCAAUAGCAUCGCAAAUGUUCUUCCUAGUUCAGCUGGAGAAAGUCUCAAUGCAAGUGGUACAAGCUGAUAUGUCAGGAGAGCCAAAUCCAGAGGUCAAUGACUAUGUAGACUGAGCACUCAUCUGGAGGAGGUGAGAUCUGGGUUCUGAUCCCUGUGCCAAGGACUGUUUAUGCAUUUUAUUCAAUGGCAGCCUUAUCUGAAAUGCAAACUGCUGAGGCCUGCCAUGACAGCCAUGGUGCUGGUCAUGCCCCAAAACAGAAUGUUAGACAACUAGGAAAUUUUAUUGGCAAAAACCCAGGUAGGGACUGAAGAAUGGACUUUUAGAUUUAGACGCUGAAGUUCCCCUAAGCUCCUGGUAUGAAUGUGGAUAAUUUCAUUUCAGGAAAAAUAACCAAAAAUAUGCAAAAUUGCUUUCGUAUAGAAUAUACCCAACUAGAAAAAUUUACAACCAGCAUACUAAGCACCCACGUCUUAAGAGAACAUUUACAAACACAAGCUAAAUCUGUUUUUCUUUUCUCAAGGAUGUUUGCAUGUAGAAAAUGAAGCUCAUUUACAUGUAGAAAAUUAUGCUAAUUGACAUAAAAACAAGACAGCUUUCUUCUACUCUUUUUAAUUCCUAAUUCAGCCAAACUGAAGGCCAAAUUCUGAUCAUAUUACUUAGUGUUGUGCUUUACCACUAGGCCAUAUGCCCUCUCACUUCAUGUAAAAUAUUUCAUUUCUCCGGGAGACAUCGGUUUCAAAACCCAUCUCACAGAAUUUCAGUCCUUUUCUCCAAGAGCAGUAUUCAUAUCCCUGCAAAAGUUCCCACAAGUGAAAACUGGAAGCAGCAAAAUACCACAAUGAUUCCUAUGAUCACAAGUAAUCUAUUCCUUUGCUCUUUGCUUUCAUCAAAGGGUAUAGACAGAUUUAACAACUGCUGUCAGUAUCAGCUGAUAUUGAUAUUUAUGCAUUGUAACAGCUUGUAUCAACUUGUUACAAUGCAACUUUCAGAUCUGCAUGAUUUUGUACCAAUGCAACUGCAGCAAAACUGCUACAGCUGUAACCAUGAUUUUUUCAGGGUCAAUAUUAGGGUGACUUAAAUUACUUGUAUUGCUACAGGACCAUGAAGCUUUGACUGUUAAAUCAUAACAGCGGCUGCAUGUUCCUGAGCAGUUCUCCAGAAUCCACCUCUGAAGCAGGUAAAAUGUACGUUUGUCUGUACCCAAAGUUAACUAUUUAAGGAGUCCAUGUACAUAAGCACUAGCAUUGUGUCGUAGUUUGAUUAUUUUAUAUUGAGGUUCUAAGUGCAACAGGAAGGAUUUGACAAGCUGUGUAACACAUUACACAUUGUAGCACAAUACCAAGCAUACUCAUGGUGUCUUGCACAGUUGUCUGGAAUUUUUUUAAGAAAAAGACCACCGUAAAUACCAGUCUCGACAGUUUUGUUAAACAAGGCUUAUGUACACUACCACGAUUCUGCCAGGAUGGCUUCUACUGGUAAAUCUCACUACUGAGACCCACCUUCUGCUGGCCAAGGAGAUUUGUUGUUAGUACAAUUUUAAGCAGUUCCCCAAGCUAAAUAAAGAGAGGUAGUUAGCCACUGUAGUCCUGAAGGUGCUGCCCUCCCUUGCCUUCUUCCUGACUUGAGACCACCGCAUUCAGAAAGUUGUAUAAACAGAGUAAGUAAUAUUGGGGGGGGGGGGGGGGAGGAGUAUUACCAGGCAACCUUUUUCAGUAGGCAUGCCACAAAUUAGCCCAGCACCCUCACUAAUGCUAUUCCAAUCCCCUUUCCCUGCCCAACCUACUACUUUGUUUUUUGCUUCCUGGCCCAUGCUUGCUACCCAAUCAACUGCUCUGCCUUCUCUGCUGUCCUUAUGUCGGGUGCCACACACAGAGGCUGCCUGGGCCACUUGUGGCAUACAUGCCACAGGUUGGCCACCCCUUAUACAACUACAAGAACAUUUUUGCUAUUAAGCAGCAUCUGCAGUAGGGUUUUUGCUGGCCUAGGGAUGUCACCUAGAGGUGUGAUUUCUUAAAAAUUAACAUACCUGUGCUAGAAGAACUUUUAAAUGUAAACUAAGUGAUACAAAAACAUUUAGAAUAGUAGGGAUGAAAAGUUAUACCAUAUUUACCCAAUUCCAAAAUGAAUUCAAUUUUAAGAUGACCCCUCAGUAAUUAUAUUCUAUAUGGGAAAUUAUAAAUGUGUUAAAAUUUUCCACGUAUAGAAACUAAGUAAUGGAAGGUCCUCUUAAAUUCACACACCCCCUGCUGUGGCAGGGGAAGCAGCAGCAGAGGGGCAGGGGGUGAGAGACCAGACCCUCACCAUUUUCUCCCCUAACCCUUCCCCUCUCUCCCUGCCCUGCCUGUCCCACUGCCACUUGCCCUUCAUAGUGUCUUCCCCCUCUGCUGCCAGGCCUCUGCCCCCCUGCCCCUUUUCUCCUGUGUGUGCACUUACCCCCACCUCCUACUCCCCCUGCAGCCUGCAUCCUUGCUCCAUGCCUUUUCCUGCCCCCUACCCUCCCAUGCCUGUGUUUGACCUCUGCCACCUGUGUCCCCAGGCCUGCCCAGAGCAGAAGGUAAGGCAGGAAGAGAAGGCAUCUGGGGAAGUACAGGCUGUACAGGGUCCCCUACAUUCCCCAUGAGCUGCACACUCAGGUCUUCCCUGUUCCCUACUAAUACCACAUGGUCUCUCCCGUGUUUUCCUUGGUAUGAGCCAUCCCAGUCCAGGGCAGGUGGCAAACUUCAACUUCAAUUUGAGUAAAUACAGGACUUCUUGGCAAAUCAGCAAUUCAGACACAGGCACAGCUUUAAAAUUUUUUUCUACGUACCUUGAAGUAGCAGUGCAACUCGUGAUCGCUGCAGUGCUGGGGUGAAUGAAGGCUCCUACAGCAACACAAGAGGUUCUCCAGCGUGCUCGGCAGCAAACCCAGAAGUGGACCAGAAGUACUUCUGGUCCACUUCCGGGUCUGCCAGAGAGUGCGCUGGGGGGCCCUCUUGCACUCCCCCAGCUCAACAAUCAGCUGCAGGGGGAUGCCGGGUGCUCCCCCAGACCCAGGAGGCACCAGUCAUUGAGCUGGGAGUCAUGGGGGCGGGGGCAGCAUGCUCCCCAGUGGACCUGGAAGUGCUUCUGGUUCAUUUCCAGGGCUGCUGCCAAGCAUGUUGGGGAGUACCCCGUGCUUCUGUGGGACAUUCUACCCACCCCAGCACUGUAGCGAUGAUGGGCUGCCUGCUACCUAGAGGUAUGUAGAAAAAACAUUUAAAGUUAUUCUCUAUGUCCGAAUUGCCGAAUCUGUCUGAAUCUGUCCGAAUCAAUUUGGAGGUUUCCAAAUUGAUUCAGAGAGAUUAAAGUGUCCUCUGAUUCAAUUUAGAUUCAGAGAUUCGACCACGGAAUUGGGCCAAAUCGCCGCGAAAUCAAAUCACGGACCGAAGCUUCACACAGCCCUACUUUUCACCUCUAGAUCUCCAAAUUUUACAUGAUGGUGACCAAGCAUCAGUAGUCAGGAAAACUGGCACUGAAGUGCCUGGCACAUGUUCACUUAAUGGCACAAUGGGAUCUGUUCUCUGAUUCCAACAAUUGCACUUCCUGCAUGUCACACAUGUAUAGCAAGACAUACUACUUCAGGAUCGGGGAUCAGAUCCAAAUUGCACCAAUUGCAUCAUGAUCCCAGGCUCCCCCUGAACUGGCAAGGAGAAAGCUGUGUGCCCAGAUAACCAGCGAGGUCCUGGGCCUGGGGCUGACAAACAGCUGAUUGUGGGUCCUAACACUGGGACUGCACUGGAGCUGAUCCAGAGCCUUGCCAUGCAGUUGGCAUCAGGCUGCAUGUUAGGGACUCUGCCACACAUUCAAUUUAAGGCAUGAUGGAAACCAGCCACAAAAUGGAUUUCACAUAUUUUUUAGAAUAACAUUGUGGUUUAUUCCAUACGUUUUUGUGCUGUUAAUUGCCUGAAUGUGUGGCCUGGUUACUGUUUAAAAUGUUAUUAACUAGUUAAUCCUGUCUUAAAUGUAACGUCUGCCAGGGGCCUGAGAAUCAGCAAACCGUUGGAACUUACACUCUGAUCCUCAAGAUUCAGACUGGAAUAUACCCCAAUUGUCCUGAUGCCUUCUCAGGUGCCCUCACCAUUGAAUCAUAUUCUCAUCUAUGAUGCACUGUGGGUGACAAGAGCUCAAUAUGCACAAAGAAUGGAGAGUUUUGGCACUGAGUUAGGAUAACAGGGUUUGGUCCCUUCAUUGUCUUUUAACGUUCAUUUUGUUCUUCAGAGCUCUGUCUGUUGAUAUUAUUCUGAAAUCCUUCUAAACAAGUGUAUUCACACUCAGGUUAGUCAUGCACUUUGUAUGGGAUAUCUGCAUGUUGUAUAUUUAAAAAGUUACAGUCUGUUUAUAAUGGAUUUAGGUUAGUCAUAAAACAGCCUUAAAGAACGGCUGGCACCCCAUGAAAACUAUUCUUAUCAGAAGUGAGCCUGCUUACACAGCAUGUAUUUUCUGUUUCUCUUUCCCUGGUUUUCAUUAUUUGGAAUAUUUGCAGGACAACUAGUGUUUUGCUCCUUAGAAAGUUCAUGUUUUUCUGCUCAUCUGAAAUAACAAAAUUUUUACUAUGACAUGACAGUUUAUCAUUAUGUAACAACAAGCAUUUACAAUAAAACAGAGAAAAGGAGAAUGAUUGCAGGUGAGGAGACAAGCAAGUUUCCAAAGGAACAAAGACCUCAUGUUCAUAUACAUGCCAUAGGAAUUGCUUUAAAAAGACAGCAAAAGAAGAUGUAUUAAAGAGCAUUGAAGCAAAAUUAUUUCUCAACAAAGCAUUCUAUAAAGUGACAAUAAUUAAAAUUAGUGCAGCCUUAAAAUGAUAUUGAGUUUAAAAUACAGAAUCUUAACAGGUGAGAAGUCUAAAAUUUUAAAUUAAAUUAAAUCCUCUGCCCUCACUCUUCCCCUUCCCCUCUACUGGUCUUUGUCACACAUCCUAUGUUUCCAGCUCAUAUGGCUUCCUCUCUAAUAGACAUAAGGCACAUUAACGCUGUGUAUGGACUGACUUGGGACUAACUUUAGUUCCACAUCAGGCCACACACAUAGUGUUAAUUCAUUUUAAUGCAUGCACGUGUAAACGUGAGCCUAAAUCAUUUUAGUGCACAUUAAGCUAAUGCUCAUUAAAUUUAGGCAUGCCUAAAUGCAUGUGUAGAUACACCCAUAGUAUAAAAUAAUUACUAACAACUCCUCCUACAUGAUCCUUACAACUUCUGUCCUGGACAUGUAAAUAUAUGAGUGGAUUUGAAAUAAAAUUUGGUAAACUUUUC